GUAGUCGCUUUCAGGCCCUGUCAAAGAAAGAAGUGCUUCUGGCGCGAUCUGGCUUUCGUCAGUUAGCCUUUUACGGAUUUUACGCCAAUAACGAGGACGCAGGCUAAGGAUCGACAUGAACAGCAUAAGGAUAAAUGACCUGAACCCGGUGGGAGAGAAGAGAAGAAAGGAGCUCUGGAAGGUACUUUGCGAAAUACUCAAAUGUAAAGUCAACAAGAUCAUCGACGGCAAGAAUUCUUUCACGAUCUCGGUCAGCGACGAGUACGUGGACAGGAUCAGCCACCCGGACGCCGCCAAGAUACUCGCCGACGAGAACUUCACCGUCCAGACUUCCAGGGAGGUCGACUCGAAGCGGACCGUCGUGGUCAGAGGAGUGGACCCGAUCGUCAUGGAAUUUGACGAGAACAAGAUAAGAGAAGAUAUCGAGAGCGGCCAGCCUUGGGCGAAGGCAGACGCCGUCAUCAAGCUGCCUAGUUCGACCAGAACCUUAAAGGUGAAAUUCCAGCAGGUUGCACAGGCGUCGAAGGCCUUAGAAGAAGGUCUUGAUAUGUUAGGUUUCCAUCACACGACGCGACAGAUCGAGCGGGAGAUUUUCAUCCGACUCAGACCUUGUUACAACUGUUACGCAUACACGCACCUGGCGAAGGACUGCGAGAAACCUGCUGACCUCACUUUGUGCAGCGAAUGCGCUGCCGAAGACCACAGGUACGACCAGUGCCACAGUCUCAAGAAGAAGUGUCUUAAUUGUGGUGAGGAUCACCGCACAUUCGCUUCUGUUUGCGAAGAGAGGAAGAAAUUACUGCGAGCGAAAGAGAGAGAGGUGAGAGAAAGAGCAACGUCGAAAAAACAGACCCAUCGCAAAGUUUACGCCAGUGCCCUACCGCCCAGUGAGGCCGAUGAUAUAACCAUCCAGAACUUAGCCAACGUGAACGCUAUGAAACCGAUGGUCAAUAAGAUACUGACGAGUCUUUUCCACGCCUACAUCAUGAACGCCAUCAACCCAGGAACAUUCCAGUUCCACGUUAGGCAAAUGUACGACCUGAACGGGCUAGGUGGCGUGAAUUUCCCUGAGGAGGACCUGGAUACGUCAAAUAUACUGGGCAUCGUCAAGUUACAAGAUCCAUGGAAUGCCAAGGGCAAUGUCAAUAGCCUCGACAAGGGUAACGAGACCCACGAACGGACUAAAAUCAGCAAAAAGGUCUUUUUCUUAGAAUCACUGAUAACCACCCACAGUCUAGACGACCUGAAGAGACCACCGGAAGACAACCAAGGGCCGGAGAGUAUGUCGCUGAAGCGCUAUCUCCCUCCGGCACCUACGAAACCCCCGCGGAAGAAUAAAUCCCAGGGGAGAAUCAUCGACCAACUGCUCUGCUCAAUCCGAAGAAAUUCCUUCCAAGUCCAACUUCAGCGGAGCGGCAGGUGUUGCCCCCAGCCCCCCCACCUUCCCCCGAAGAGAAACCGGUAAUUAAACCCCACACUAUAGGUUUACAGCUCUUCAGGUCGCAAGACCGCGACUUCGCCGGGAUGGUCACGCCGGCGAAGAUUUACAAGCUCAUUCGGGAGAACGAAAUCAAGUGGGGCUACAGGGCGUCGAAUCUGACCCCCGAGGAGGUCGCCAGGGGCUUGGCAUCAGGUCGAAUCGAGCUGAAGCAGGAGAUGAUUCGUCCCCUCCCAGUGCAGGUGUUUAAGGAGUUCAAGCAAGGGUGUCUCUUCCAAGAGAAAAGUCCUGGUAUAACAAAGAUCCCUACAGCGACCUUGAAAAGCUUUUAAUAAGUCAUGAUUUCCUCAUCAUGAUUUUAAGGAUUGAAUUCAUUGACCUUAAGGACCACAAGAGACACAGGAAGUGGCUUGUUCUUAUAUAUGUUUUAAAAUCAUCCUGCAUCUGUAUAGGUCCUCCCUUUCGACUUGUUGCGCAUCUUACGCUUACCUUUUUUUCAGAUUUUUUUUCCGUGAAUUCUGUUUCAAUGGAGCAUUCAUUGUCAUAAAAUUAGUGACCUUUGCGUUCUUUGAUAAAGGACCCCCUAUGAUACUAUACCUCGAAACUAGCGUUACAAAGGUAUUGGUUUAUGAAAAGUGAAACAGUUAUAUAACAUUCUUGUGAUCUGGAAAACCAUUUCCCUUUCAAACUUUUGUUGUGCAUUUGACUUUCAUCCUUGGAAAAAUUAGUGACCUUUGUCUUCUUUGAUAAAGGACUCCCUAUGAAACUAUGCCUCGAAACUAGAGUUACAAAGGUCAUCGUUUAUGAAAAGUAAAACAGUUAUUAUAUAACAUUCAUGUGAUCUGGAAAACAAUUUCCCUUUCAAACUUUCGUAGUGCAUUUGAUUUUCAUCCUUGAAAUUUCAGAGGACAAGUAGUUCUGUAUUUCAUUCUUCUUCUCCAUAUCCUACCUUAGCCCUUCUUCUACCUUCUUCACCAUUAUUGUCUCAGUAUCUUCAUCUUCCUGCUAAGAUAAUCGUAAUAAUCUUCUUUCCUAUCUGAAAUUGAGUUCCAUUUAUCUGUGGAAGAAUCCACAACGUGACUGGAGAAUCCCACGUCUUUGGUCAGAGGUUCCAGAUCAGUAUUCGGCUAUUUCAACCAUCUGAACCCAACAAUCCUAACCUGAUGUCGUUGCAGUUGCAUAGAACAAGUGUCCUACUCAGGAUAUACCUGUAACUAAGGAAAUUUCAUGCAUCAUUAUUCUCACUAUUCCUUACACGAAGUCCAUUAACAUUUACGGUGAUUUUCUUGCUGGAAAAGAAGCUUGUCGUAGAUGCUGUCUAUAUCGCAAAGAUGCUCAAGACUUGGUGUUUUGUUCACUGUAAAACCGUCCAUGUUCGUCUGCGUCCAAAGAGAGCACAUUUUCAACCUCUACAGAGCAAAUAAUUAAAAAAUAUUUCUUGUGUCGAGCAUUCAUGUUUAUGUUCUAAAGGGUCUCCACAAUAAUACAAAGUGUUAAG